AUGUCUCACUUGACCCGCCCAAGGCGAAACCGAGUAUGGGAGGAAAAGUGUUGUCUUCUCGAAGAGGCCCCUGAGGGCCCUUUUGAGUACAUGGUGCGCGAACAUUUACCAGAGACACAGAGCAUCACUCACCCAUGUCGGGAAAAACCUCUGAAAUCAGCCAAGGCGUGGUGUCAACGAUUAAUUGGCGCUAUCCGACUCCGUCGAAAGAGGAAAGACGCAUACCAAGGCCCUGUCAGAUCUUCCACGACCCUGAUCUAUCCUGGCUCAGCAGCAAAAGCGCCAACGACACAGGAACCCGCAAAUCCGCGACAGAGGCUGCUAUCACCCUAUCUUCACCGUUCCUUUCACUUCAACUUGUUCAAGAAUACUCGAGCUUAUAGGCGUUCUAAAGAGAGCCCGUAUGAUGCCGAUCAAUUGUAUCUAGUCGAGUUACCUACUUCAUAUCGACACGAGAAUGAAAAGGCAGAGGUUGUACAAACCAUGACCUGCCGUGUUUCCAAAGAAGGCGAACUGAUCGUCAAGACCGUUACGGACCUUUCCGCGGACAAGGAUGACGUCCAUUGCCUUUACCAAAUAUUGGAUUGGAACAACCUCACCCCAUGUUGCGGGCAUGUGGACUGGGAAGCGACUUAUCCUUUCAUAUUCCAGCAGGAUAUGCAGUAUCCUACCGACCCUAAGGAGGCCGCGAUCUACGGCCAACUCCUGGCACGCGAUGAUCUGAUGAGGAUACGCGAUAUCUGGGAUCCGGCUGUGGAGCCACAGCUCUCAUUGGGCAACGAGAGGAUGAAUGCCUGUGCCUUUUGUUACACCAACUACACGUACGAAUGGAGGGAUGUAGACGGAAGCCGGAUUGUACGACUUAUUUCGUACAAAAACAUUGGAAAGGGCGAGGAUGUGAACAAAGUGAAGUGGGCAUCGCAUUUCAAUUACAGAGCCUAUCUCGAGGGGGGUGUGGUUCGCCGGGACUGGUGGGACGGGUUUGACUCGACAUAUGCCUGGGACGAACCGGAUGAGAGUGAGAGAAGGGCACAGACGGGGAGAGGCUGAUUGCGGCUUCUCACUACGAUUACCUCACGAGGAUGGCGGAAAGAUGAAGCCCCUCAGGAGGAUCUUCGAUAACAUCCUCGGACUUUCCAUUGAUGCUGAUUAUAAGUAGGGCUUCGAUAUCCUCAAAACGCAUGCCUGCCAAAGAGAGCAAA